UCAAUAUGGGCGAUUGUACAGGUUGCUGUGUUUUCUGUCAAAAUGAAUGGAGAAGAGGAAACAUGGAAAGAGCUGGAUGCUGAAUUUGAUCGCUGCAUUGUGGAUGUGAAGCCUCACAUACUAAAGCUGCAGCAUAGGUCAGAACGCCAGAGGUGUGCACUGUGGGUUAAAAAACUGUGUGAGCCCUCAGGAGCAGGUACAGGAAUAGCGGGAAGGAAGAAUCGGAACUCAUAUGCAAAACUUUUGCUUCACAUGCUAAAACGAGGAGUGCUAGAAGAUCCUUUUACACAUGAACCAGAACCAGGAAUGCUGAAAACAUUACCUUCAUACAUGUUAAUUUAUUUUGAUGAACCAAAUUCAGCAAGAAUUCAAAGUAGUAGCCCAGACUAUCUGCCUGACUGGGUGAUGGGAGAGUUAGGAGAAGGUGAAUCCAUGCAUGAGGAAUUGUGGACUUUAUCUUCUAAAGAGGAGUCAUCUUCAGCAACAGCAGUUACAUAUGAGGAGAGAUUCAAGUACGAUGGGAAGCCAACAUUGAGAUCACAGUCUAUGAGUCCUCUUCUCCAGAAUGAUGAAGAUGACCUAGCAGCACCUCUGCUUGACCAUCAUCAUAAGAAAACUAUUUCUGUGGAUGACAGUGACCUUGAUGCACGUCUCAGUAGUUGGAAUCUUGGGCUUGAAAAUCCAAGAUAUUUACGGGAAAAACCAAUGCCAGUGUCUUUGAAGACAUCCAAAAUUGGCUUAGGAAAAGGUAGCAGUUUCCAGGAGGACCCAGCACUGCUUCGAAUGCAUGAAAAGGAGCUAGACUUGAAAAUGAAAAUGAUGGAAGGUAAAUUUCAUGAAGAAAGACUUCAAUUACAGCAGAAGCAUGAUUCUAAUGUUCAAAAGAUUUUGGAUCGGAAGAAUGAUGAAAUAGAGUUGUUGAAAUCCCUCCACAAAUCCAAACAGAAUGAAGCUGAAGAGACGAUUAGAAAACUGGAGAAGAAAGUUCAGACCCUACUCCGUGAAUCACAAGUCAUCAGAGAAGCAAUGGAAAAGCAGAUUGUAGAGUUAAAGAAGAUGUGCGAGAAAAGCACUGAGUCUUUGAACAAUGAGUGGGAGAAAAGGCUUCACAAUGCUGUGGCCGAAAUGGAAAAGGAGAAGUUCAGUAUUAGGAAGAAGCACGCAGAAGACAUGAGGGACCUGCUUGAGGUCACCAAUGCUCGUCUUAGCAAAAUGGAGGAGGAUUAUAUGGAACAAAUAGAGUCAACUAACCAGACGGUCAAAAAUCUGGAGGCCCGAGUGCAACAGUUGAUGGUUGAGGCUGAAAACAGUAAUUUACAGCGUCAAAAGUUAUCCCAGGAAAAGACCGAAGCAGAACAGUGUUACCAGGCAGUAUGCUCUGAACUUCAGGAAAUGAAAGCAAGGCACAAGUUAUUUCUGGAAGGCAAGGACCGUAUUGUACAGGAAUAUGAGGAGAGCAUUCAGCAAUUACAAAGUAAAUAUGAUGUUGAUAUAAAUGUUAUGAAGCAGGAGCAUGCUCUCUCUGCAGCUAAGGCAUCUGAUGUGAUUGAAGAGUUACAGCAUAGUGUGUGUCUAUUAAAACAACAGUUACAAGCUUCAGAACAUCAAAGAGAGCAACAACUGAGGGAUCAAGACUAUAAACUUCAACAAGACAAGCUUCACUUGGAGACUGUAUAUGAAAAGCAGAUUCUUGGCAUCCAGAAUGAUCUUGAUAAAGAAAGAGGGGAUGCCCAGAAGAAAAUUCACAGACUGGAGGAGACUUUGAAGUAAGUGAAUCUGAAAUAACUGU